AUGACGUUUUGGAGAAAACGCUCCAAAGCCCUCUGCAUUGGGCUGACUCUGGCCAUUACUGUCAAUCUCCUUCUGGUAUUUUUUAGCAAGGGGACUUUACAAAACCUGUUUAUGGGUGGUCUCCACAAGGAGCUUCCUUUACAUCUGAACGAGCGCGACGGGGCAGUGAUAAAAAGACUCUCCCAGUUGGAGACGAAAUUGAAGCAUCUGAAAGAAAGUAUGAAAUUGGCUCUGAGGCAGCAAGAAAAUGUGAACAACACAAUGAAGAGGGUGAAAGAUGAAGAACGCCCUGUUCUGAAGGCAGUGGAAGCCAAGGUGAAGGAGACAAAGAAGCACAAAACCCAAAUGAAACUCUUCCCACACUCACAGCUUUUCAGGCAGUGGGGCGAGGAUCUUUCUGAGGCCCAGCAGAAAAAGGCCCAGGACCUCUUCCGGAAGUUUGGUUACAACGCGUACCUCAGCAACCAGCUGCCUCUCAAUCGCACCAUCCCCGAUACACGAGACUACAGAUGUCUUCAGAAGACAUAUCCUUCCCAACUCCCAUCCCUCAGUGUCAUUCUCAUAUUCAUGAAUGAAGCUCUGUCCAUUAUACAGCGGGCCAUCACCAGUAUCAUCAACCGGACACCCUCUCGACUGUUGAAGGAAAUCAUCUUGGUGGACGAUUUCAGCUCAAAUGGAGAACUAAAGGUACACUUGGAUGAGAAGAUUAAGCUUUACAACCAGAAGUAUCCAGGACUACUGAAAAUAAUACGGCAUCCUGAGAGGAAAGGUCUUGCUCAAGCCCGCAACACUGGCUGGGAAGCUGCCACAGCAGACGUGGUCGCCAUCUUGGAUGCUCACAUUGAAGUCAAUGUUGGGUGGGCAGAGCCAAUCUUGGCUCGGAUUCAGGAAGACCGCACCGUGAUUGUGUCUCCUGUGUUUGACAACAUUCGUUUUGACACCUUCAAACUGGAUAAGUAUCAACUGGCAGUUGAUGGGUUUAACUGGGAACUCUGGUGCCGCUACGAUGCAUUGCCACAAGCCUGGAUUGAUCUGCAUGAUGUCACUGCCCCAGUGAAGAGUCCUUCAAUCAUGGGCAUCCUGGCUGCUGACAGGCACUUCCUGGGAGAGAUCGGGUCUCUGGAUGGUGGAAUGCUCAUCUAUGGAGGAGAGAACGUGGAGCUUAGCCUGCGGGUGUGGCAGUGUGGAGGGAAGAUUGAGAUUUUGCCCUGCUCCCGGAUUGCUCACCUAGAGAGACACCACAAGCCCUACGCCUUGGAUCUGACCCCUGCCUUGAAGCGCAAUGCUCUGCGAGUGGCGGAAAUCUGGAUGGAUGAGCACAAACACAUGGUCUACUUGGCCUGGAACGUACCUCUCCAGAACUCUGGAAUAGAUUUUGGAGACAUUUCUUCCAGAGUCGCACUCCGGGAAAAACUGAAAUGUAAAACUUUUGACUGGUACCUGAAAAAUGUUUAUCCACUCUUGAAGCCAAUCCACACCAUCGUGGGCUAUGGAAGAAUGAAAAACCUAUUGGAUGACAAUGUCUGCUUGGAUCAGGGGCCCGUUCCAGGCAACACCCCCAUCAUGCAUUACUGCCAUGGAUUCAGUUCACAGAAUGUCUACUAUCACCUAACCGGGGAGCUCUAUGUGGGACAACUGAUUGCAGAGGCCAGUGCUAGAGAUCGCUGCCUGACAGACCCCGGCAAGGCGGAGAAGCCCAUCUUAGAACGAUGCUCUGAGGCAGCCAGGAAUGGACUGCAUAUAUAUUGGGAUUUUAAACCGGGAGGAGCUGUCAUAAACAGGGAUACCAAGCGGUGUCUGGAGAUGAAGAAGGAUCUUUUAGGUAACCACGUGCUUGUGCUCCAGACCUGUACCACGCAAGCGUGGGAAAUCCAGCACGCCGUCGGAGACUGGGGUCAGACCAACAGCCAGUGAUCGCCAGACGGCGCUGGAUCUGGGUCAUCAAUUCUUGCAAGUGGAAUGACUUCUACUCCCAAUACUCCCAGCUCCUUUCUCAAUGAGAAGGAAAGCAUGUGUAUGUGUGUUUAUGCAACUUCAGGUGGGGCCCGUGCGUGUGCUGGGGUGUCUCUGUUGCAGAGCGGAGAGGAAACUCUGAUGCCUCAUCCCCAGCUUCCCUGGGAAGGUCGUGAUAUAUAUCAAAUGCCAUUCUUAGAAACUCCUUGAAAUAACCAGCAUCUUUUGGCUGUUAUGUGGGGAGAGAAGGAGGAGGAUGGAAGUUUAUCUUUGACUUCUGCCCACGAUGUUUAGCCUCCCUUCCCGACAGCUACUGUCGCCAUCUGCCCCACUCCUCCUCCCCAGCGCAUCUGCCUGGGGACUCCCCAGGCUGCCAGGGGCCAUUCCACGUGAGAGGCUGGGCCCUUCUCAGGCCGGCCGCAUGACAGCUCUCCAGGUAGCACUAAUUCUCCCUCCUGCCUGGGCUGUCCUGAGAGAUGCAGCAAGUAGACAAGUGACUUUUAAAAAUUCCUCCAUUCCUCCUCCCAUGGCGGUUUUAUUUGGACUAUUAAUCUCUCCCACACCAAAGAGAUUCUGGAGGCUGAAGGGAGGAGAGAAGGCACCUGAACUCAUCACAGCUAUCCGGGGGACAGUGUGUUGAGAAAGGUAAGAAAAUCCACGGCCAUCGGAGCCUUUCUCUUAGUAGGUUAUAACAUUUAAUGACUGAAUUACCUAUUCCCUCCUCCUACUCUUGCAAAUUAUGGAGAAGAUGAGGCUUAAAUAGAGGGACGCCGCUUUCUGGGGACAAAGAAGAGACUGCAGGCAAAUCUUAAAACCAAGGAUUCUAUGGUUGUCUGCUGGAUAAAUGUUUUCUGCUGGUUGGUGAGUUGGGAAGAUACAGCUUAGCCUGCCAAUUUUUGGCAAGGUCUUGGAGGCUGGUGGGACCAGGCACCAUGGUGGGAGAGGAGGUAGGAUGGCCCUGUGUGUGUGUUGUGUUGUGGGAUUACCCUUCAAGCAUGUGCUCCCAGAACCCCUUCUUCAGAGGUCCGCUUUUCUCUCUUAGUCCCAUGUCAGGGCUGCCUGGAAAUGAUCUGGGGAAUCA